GUUAACACCUUGUACUGCAUUCAAAGCAAAAAUACUUUGACACGCACCCGCGACAGUGCGUUCGUCAAAUUGGCGUCGUUGCCGGGGAACUUCGGUGAUUAUUAAUUGUGUUUAGAGUACUUGUUUCCUUUUUUGUUUUAUUUAUUUUAUUUUCGUUUUUAAUAAAAAAAAAAAAAAAGAGACCAGCGAACAAAGAUUUGAUUUUAUUUUAUUAGAUUGUAGUUUUUUUAUUUCUUUUGUUCUAUUAUAUCUUCUAUAUCUAUCUUAUAUCUUCUAUCCCAAACUCUUAUCUUUUUAUUCUUUUUCCUAUCUUCUAUUUUUAUAUCACUUUCAUCUCUCUUAUUUCUCUGUCUUUUUUAUCUUUUACUUUAUUUUGCUAUCUUUUCUAUCUUCUUUCUCUUUAAUAUUAUUCUUUCUAUUAUUACUAUUAUUUGUUUUUUUUUCUAAGGUAUACUAACUUUUUUUUUCUUUUUUUUUUUUCAGAUCCUUGGGUUUUGCUUUAGAUUUUCUUUUUCUUUUCUUUUAUAUAUUUGCCGUUACUAACUUCAUUAUUAUUCUUUUUAAGUUUUUUUUUCUUUUACUGUUUGGAUUAUCAUUAUUUUUUUCUUCCUUAUUUUUUUUUAAACGUUUUUUUUCCACUAACAUAUUUUUGUUUAAUUUGAAAGUAACGGAACUCAAGUGUUAGUUUGUGGAGCUAUUGCAGUGAUGGAAGCUAAACUUGAUAAGCUAGAAGCCAAACUCGACGAGAUACAAUUUUCUGUUACACAAAUGUUGCUCAAGAGCUAUCAACAACAGUUUGAGUCACCUCAAUGUUAUCCACAAGAGAAUUUUGAAAAUAUUUGGUGUGACCCACCUUGCUAUUAUCCACAAGGGCAAUUCCGGCAGUCUAUUUAUGCACCACCAUGCUACUAUCUGCAAGAGGAAUUUCAAUAUCAUUUUCAUGAUCCACAUCAUUCACAAGAGGAAUUUCAUCAACCUUGGAGUGGUCCACCUCCUUUCUUGGAAGAAUUGGUGAAGCAGUUUGCGAUCCAUAACAUGCAAUUCCAGCAAGAAACUAGAUCUGUCAUUCAAAGACAAGAGGUCUCCAUUGAGAAUUUAACCAACCAACUAGGACAGAUGGCUACCUCAUUGAACACACUGCUAGUCGCACACGCUCACAAAUUGCAGCAUGAAGUUGAUGUGGAGAUUGAUGAUGAAGUUAAUCCUUGUGUUGAUACUCAUCUUGAUGCUAGCACCGAUGGUUCUUGUGAUGUUAAUGAGUUUGAAGUCAAUGUUGCUUCUGAUGCUAAUUCUAAUGAUGAAGACAACCAACAAGCAAUACAUUUCCCUCUUCCACAGAGAACUUAUGAGAGUGAGAAGAUGUAUCAUGGUGAAGAAGAAAAUAAGUUGUUGGAUGAUUUCAAGAAAUAUUUUGCAAGGGAUGAAGUUAAGAAGAUGGAUGUAGAACGUGGAUCUAAAUUAGCAAUAUUUCCACAUAAGCCGCUUUUAAUUAAUCUAGACAUUUUUUAAAAAGUCGUGCUUAUUGGAGACUCUGUUGAUUGCAAGGAGUCAAUUUCCAUGGAAGAAUAUGUUUUGAAACCUCUA